UCUUUCUUCGCUUUUUUUCCUUUUCCUUCAAGUACAUCUCAAGCUCUCUCUCAAAAGGUUGUUGAAAGCUGCUGCUUCUGUUGUUGAGUAUCCUCCUAAUCUAACUUCCCUUGCUCUACACGUACUCUUGAGAGUAUUCUCAUACCACCCAUUCAUAUUUUCUGCUCAUAUAAUCUUCACCAUUUUUCUUUUUGUUUGAGCUUUGAGCAGGACCUCUGAACUCACUACCAAUUAAGAGAUUUUCUGGUUUGCCCUUUGCCAAUAACGACGUGAGGGUGUCAUGGAAGCAAGUUUCUCCAUCCAAUUGUCUCUGUCAUUUUAAUCUAUAAACACAGAAUCAAAUCCAUUCAAGAAAAAGCGAUUAUGCCUUUCGGAUUGGUUUCAGCGUGGAACAAGCGCCGGAGAAGCAAGUCCCAUGAUAACACAGACCCUUGUAUGUUCUCCUUCUGCUUCUGCUUAUGCUUCUUGAGCAUCUUUUCAGGGAUUUACAAACCUGCGGAACUUUGGCAACUUGAAGAUCAAACCCCCCAGCCAGCGAAAAGGCACCAUGGAUCAUCAGUGUUCACACUCAAGGAGAUGGAAGAGGCAACAAAUUCAUUCAGUGAUGAGAAUUUUCUUGGCAAAGGAGGAUUCGGCCGAGUUUAUAGAGGUGCUUUGCGGUCAGGAGAGGUUGUAGCAAUCAAGAAAAUGGAGCUGCCGCCAUUUAAAGCGGCUGAGGGGGAGCACGAGUUCCGGGUGGAAGUUGAUAUCUUGAGCAGACUCGACCACCCAAAUCUGGUGUCCUUGAUAGGCUAUUGUGCUGAUGGGAAGCACAGAUUUCUGGUCUAUGAAUAUAUGCACAAUGGGAACCUGCAAGAUCACUUAAAUGGAAUUGGAGAAGCAAAAAUGGAUUGGCCUAAAAGGCUCAGAGUGGCACUUGGAGCUGCAAGGGGACUUGCUUAUCUCCAUUCAAGUUCUGCAGUUGGGAUUCCAAUCGUUCAUCGAGACUUUAAGUCCACCAACGUCCUUCUAGAUGCCAACUUUGAAGCAAAGAUAUCUGAUUUUGGGCUUGCCAAGUUAAUGCCAGAGGGCCAGGAGACCUAUGUAACGGUUAGAGUGCUUGGUACAUUUGGCUAUUUUGAUCCUGAGUAUACAUCGACAGGGAAACUCACUCUACAAAGUGACGUUUAUGCAUUUGGAGUGGUUCUUCUUGAGCUUUUGACUGGACGCCGAGCCGUGGACUUGAACCAGGGACCAAAUGAUCAAAACCUUGUACUACAGGUAAGAAACAUAUUGAAUGACAGGAAGAAACUGCGUACGGUGAUAGAUCCUGAGCUGAACCGAAGUUCUUACACCAUGGAGUCUAUAGCCAUGUUAGCAAACCUGGCAUCAAGGUGUGUCCGUAUAGAGAGUAGCGAGAGACCCUCAAUGGCAGAUUGUGUAAAAGAAAUCCAAGGGAUUAUUUAUAUAAAUGCAAAAGGCUCGCGCACAGCUAUGCACACUUUGAGAAUGGUCUAACAAAGCCAGAUGUUUAAACGGUAGGAUGUAACUGCAUGUGAAUAAAACAGAUCUUUACUUCUUCUGUUAA